AUGAAAAUAUAUCCAAGUUCAUCCCAUCCAACAAGUAGUUCAAUGAAGGAAAUGAUUCACAACAUAUCUUCAUCACAAGAUCUCCCUCAAAAGGUGACUAAAAGUGCAUCAGCCACACUUGAAGAAAGAGUUAAUUCUGCAGCUACCAGUGAUACCACUGAAACUAGAGACCUCAACACAGGAAAUGAUUCACAAAGUGAAGGAACACACAACGAUUCUAAAGCAGAUGGAAAUUCUCGGGUACAGAAAAUUGAGAAUGAAAUUCCCAGAACAAAGCAUGUCAUUACAAAGAGUAUGGAACUGGAAGGUGAUGUAAAUGAACCCCCACAUUCCGCAUGGGCAAUGACUAUUAAAAGUGAUGGAGCGGAUACUGAAUCAAACAGAGUAGGAAGAGAUUCAUGGAGAAGCAAGCAUUCAGAUUCAUGGUCCACUGGUGAUAAAGAUCAUGAUUUUAAGAAACAAAAGAAACAAAGAAAACAUGGGAUAAUAGGCAAUAAAAAACACCCUGCUGCAUCUUCAUCAAGUAGUGAUAAUGAUGAUGAGUAUAUACUUGGAGCUGUGGAAACACCGAAGAAAUGUAAUGUAUCAGUAGCAGAGAUACAUAGUGGAAGAGCAAAGAGGUCACAUGAAUCAAAACAAAAUAUCAAUGAAGGUAAAUCAACAUCAUCGUCUUCCUCAAAUAACAGCAGUGAGGCAAAUCUCUCAAAUAUGGCAGAACAAUUUGGAUACUCAACCACAGUUGUAACAAAGAAUAGAAGGAAAAGAAGAAAUAGAAAACUCAAAUUAAAUGAAUAUGCUAAAUAUAAAAAUAUACCAAGUUCAUCGGACUCAACAAGUAGUUGCAAUGAAGGAAAUGAUUCACAACAUAUCUUCAUGACAAAUCUCCCUCACAAGGUGACUAAAGGUGCAUCAGGUACACUUCAUGAAAAUGUUGAUUUAUUAGCUAUCAGUGAUACCACUGAAACUAAAACAGUAACGUACCUAAGAAAUGAACGAGACCUCAAAACAGGAAAUGAUUCACAAAGUGAUAGAGCAUACAAUGACUCUAAAGCAGACGAAAAUUUUCAGGUACAGAAAAUUGGGAAUGAAAUCACCAGAACAAAGCAUGUCAUUACAAAGAGUAUGGAACUGGAAGGUGAUGUCAAUGAACCCCCACAUUCCGCAUGGGCAAUGACUAUUAAAAGUGAUGGAGCGGAUAUUGAAUCAAACAGUACCUCAGAUAUAGAAAUUAAAUCUACACAUUAUUCAGAGGGAAUUAACACAACAGAAUUUCCAAAAGAGCAUAAUAAAGGAUCUCGAAUUGAGUUACAUGACAAAGAACUAAGUAAUGAAGAAAAAUUCGCAGGAGCAGGAAAAGAUUCAUGGAUAAGCAAGCAAUCAGAUUCAUGGACCACUGGCGAUAAAGAUCAUAAUUUUAAGAAACAAAUGAGACAAAGAAAUGGGAUAAUAGGUCAUAGAAAACACCCUGCUGCAUCUUCAUCAUGUAGUGAUAAUGAUGAUGAGUAUAUACUUGGAGCUGUGGAAACACCGAAGAAAUGCAAUGUAUCAGUAGCAGAGAUACAUAGUGGAAGAGCAAAGAGGUCACAUGAAUCAAAACAAAAUAUCAAUGAAGGUGAAUCAAUAUCAUCGUCUUCCUCAAAUAACAGCAGUGAGGCAAAUCUCUCAAAUAUGGCAGAACAAUUUGGAUAUUCAACCACAGUUGUAACAAAGAAUAGAAGGAAAAGAAGAAAUAGAAAACUCAAAUUAAACGAAUAUGCUAAAUAUAAAAAUAUACCAAGUUCAUCGGACUCAACAAGUAGUUGCAAUGAAGGAAAUGAUUCACAACAUAUCUUGAUGACAAAUCUCCCUCACAAGGUGACUAAAGGUGCAUCACGUACACUUCAUGAAAAUGUUGAUUUAUUAGCUAUCAGUGAUACCACUGAAACUAAAACAGUAACGUACCUAAGAAAUGAACGAGACUCCAAAACAGGAAAUGAUUCACAAAGUGAUGGAGCAUACAAUGACUCUAAAGCAGACGAAAAUUCUCAGGUACAGAAAAUUGGAAGUGAAAUUCCCAGAACAAAGAAUGUCAUUAAAAAUUUAAAGAGUAUGGAACUGGAAGGUGAUGUAAAUGAACACCCACAUUCUGCAUGGGCAAUGAAUAUUAAAAGUGAUGGAGCGGAUAUUCAGCCAAACAGUAUCUCGGAUAUAGAAAUGAAAUCUACACAUUAUUCAGAAGGAAUUAACACAACAGAAUUCACAAAAGAACAUAAUACAGGAUCGCGAAUUGGGUUACAUGACAAACAACUAAGUAAUGAAGAAAAAUUCACUGGAGCAGGAAAAGAUUCAUGGAGAAGCAAGCAAUCACAUUCAUGGUCCACUGGCGAUAAAGAUCAUGAUUUUAAGAAACAAAGGAGACAAAGAAAACAUGGGAUAAUAGGUCAUAGAAAACACCCUGCUGCAUCUUCAACAAGUAGUGAUAAUGAUGAUGAGUGUAUACGUGAAGCUGUGGAAACAACACAGAAAUGUAAUGUAUCAGUAGCAGAGAUACAUAGUGGAAGAGCAAAGAGGUCACAUGAAUCAAAACAAAAUAUCAAUGAAGGUGAAUCAACAUCAUCGUCUUCUUCAAAUAACAGCAGUGAGGCAAAUCUUUCAAAUAUGGCAGAACAAUUUGGAUAUUCAACCACAGUUGUAACAAAAAAUGGAAGCAAAAGAAGAAAUAGAAAACUCAAAUUAAUCGAAUAUGCUAAAGAUGAAAAUAUACCAUGUUCAUCGGACUCACCAAGUAGUUGCAAUGAAGGAAAUGAUCUACAACAUAUCUUGAUGACAAAUCUCCCUCACAAGGUGACUAAAGGUGCAUCGGGUGCACUUCAUGAAAAUGUUGAUUCUUUAGCUAUCAGAGCAGGAGAAGAUUUAUUGAUAAGCAAGCAAUCAGAUUCAUGGACCACUGGUGAUAAAGAUCAUGAUUUUAAGAUACAAAGGAGACAAAGAAAACAUAGGAUAAUAGGUCAUAGAAAACACCCUGCUGCAUCUUCAACAAGUAGUGAUAAUGAUGAUGAGUGUAUACUUGAAGCUGUGGAAACAACACAACAAUGUAAUGCAUCAGUAGCAGAGAUACAUAGUGGAAGAACAAAGAGGUCACAUAAAUCAAAACAAAAUAUCAAUGAAGGUGAAUCAACAUCAUCGUCUUCCUCAAAUAACAGCAGUGAGGCAAGUCUUUCCAAUAUGGCAGAACAAUUUGGAUAUUCAACCACAGUUGUAACAAAGAAUAGAAGGAAAAGAAGAAAUAGAAAACUCAAAUUAAACGAAUAUGCUAAAGAUGAAAUAUACCAAGUUUAUCAGACAUAA